AUGGCUUCCCCUCAUGAAUCUUCAACUCUAGACCUCAUCCGUCAACACCUUCUCAUCGACGACUUAUCUUUCCUUCAGAAAUACUCUCUUUCCCACAAAUCACACAUCGUUUCUCCCACUCAUUCCUCUUCUUCCCAAUCCUCUUCUCUUGAUAGCCUUCGCAUUAACAAGUCUGUUUCCAGCGAAAGUGGUGUGAGUAAUGGUAACAACAACAGCUUAAAAGAAAGAAAACCGUCUUUAAAAAAGCUUUCCAUUCCGUUUCCUCCGCCGGUUGUGGAGCCGGUGAAAGUGGACGACGUCGACGAGAGGAGACAUUACAGAGGAGUGAGGCAACGACCAUGGGGGAAGUUUGCGGCGGAGAUUCGUGACCCCAACAAGAAAGGAACCAGGGUAUGGCUAGGAACGUUCGACAGCGCCAUCGACGCCGCGAAGGCGUAUGAUAGAGCGGCGUUUAAACUUCGUGGUAGUAAGGCUAUUUUGAAUUUCCCACUAGAUAUCGGGCAUGAAGAGGAAGCGGCGGAGGUUCCGGCGGCGAAGAGUAGCUGCCGGAAAAGAGUUGUCAGAGAGACAGAAACGGUUGAUAUGGAAAGCCGAAAGGUACCGAAAGUUGAGCCGGUAACGGAAGAACCCGUCGCCGUUAAGACGGACGCUGGUGUUGGGCCGUUGACUCCGUCAUGUUGGACGGCCGUUUGGGAUUUUGGGGAGGGUAACGGAAAGGGGAUCUUUGAGGUGCCGCCGUUAUCACCUUAUCCUAAUAUAAACUUUUCGUCUGGUUGUAUCGUCAGUUAA